AUGUUGGAGCCUCGUCUUCACAAACUAGCCUGGGUCAACACCCUGGUGGACCAACUUGCCAAUAUUAAAGUCAUGUAUAUGCCCAAGAAUUUCAACAUCACCAGUUUCUACCGUUUUUCAUGGGACAUCGAAUUUCCUGCAGAAAAGAUAAUGAACUUGCAUCUCGUGUGUCUGAUGCUGGCAUUAUGCACCGGCUAUCUAUACAAGCUUCGGACAGACAACCAGCGGCAGGCUCGUGAAGCGGGUACGACUGCGAGAAUCGUCAACAUCACUAGUUGCUCAAGGAAACACUGCGAUACAAUGAACCUUGAGUGCCAACAACGUCCUACUCUCGAAUACUUUGGAGACAAUGUUCGCAGCUAUCACGACGAGUGGGAGUGGGAUCGGAUAUACACCAUCAAUUGGGAGCACCCUGAUCAAAAUUAUCCAACGCAGCUGCUCUGGAACAUCACUGAGAGGACAAUAGCGCACGUGGAUUUACCUCUCAAUGAGACCAGCAUGCGCGUUUCAUUUGGCGAUCUCACCACGGCAUUUUGCGACGGCAGCGCUGAAUUCUCCGAAUGCCAAGAUGAUGUCCGAAAGUCCGCGGCAAGCGACAAAAUAGACAACAGACUGCUAGUGACGCAAGAAAGCAAGCCUGACGCGAUUUUCUUCGGCCCUCGCUUCGCGCUCGUCGACAAAAGAGCCAAGAUGGCGCGCAUUGUUGGAGAUGGAGCGAAUGAACCGGCGUAUUCGGGCGCCAGCGACGACGACAAGAAUUGGGGCUCAAAGUUUGUGGUUCAGCGCCAGAGACAAGGACCGGGGGGCAUUGAGAAGGACGCCAUAACGUUCACGGCAAACUUGGUGUCGGACGAAAAGCCCACGCCGACCGGUACCAGAUCCUGA